AUGUCCAGCGAUCAGUUGGCGUUGGGGCAAAGCCACUCUAUUUUGUCGGACAAAGUCUCACGAGCACUUCAGGUACGGACGGACACUCCGGCAAUGAAGGCUGCGCUAGAAGCUCUCUGCCACUUGGACACCAAACAGCACGAGUAUUCGGUUGACUCGAGGACCGUACGGGUCGCCAUUGAACAGGAUGCCCUUCAGCAAGCCUUGUCCUUGCAACGUGAACUCAAGUCGCUAGUACUAACGAUUCAAGAGCUUCGUCAAGGCGUAUCAGAGACGGCGACAAUUGCUCACAAAGUGCGAGAAUCUAUUCACAUGAACGUUAUCACUAGUGAAACGGAAAACACCAUGUUGCAAAAGCCGUCUCACCAUUCCCAAGGUGCCGAUGGCGUAGAUUCUAACACUGUGUCAUUGGAUGUCUACGGUAAAGCGGAUGCACAGGCUUUGGAACAAGAGCAAAAGCUUGCGUCCGUUUUGUCCGACGCCUUUUCGCACCGCGACUUUUCUCGGAAGCGACUCGAAGCGGUCCACUCCUUUUUGGAAAAGUUUAAUCUUUCCCAGGAGGAUAGUCGCCUUUUGGACCACUAUGCUUUCGAAGACAUUGGAGAGGGAACUACGGAAUUUGCACCCGUGAACGGUAUGGCUUUUCUAAAUGCUUUGGAGAGAGUGAGGAAGAUUCGUCAGGCUCUGACCCGAACUUUUGGUGCGAGCGGUGCCGAUGCGCUAGUGUCGGACGAUACCGCUAGGGAAGAUCAGCACUCCAAUAAAGGAGGACUAGGAGCCUCAUCUGCUCUACGAAUGAUGGAAAGCUUGGCCCAAAAGCAAGAGCGUGCCUACGAACGCCUCUACCAUUGGCUGCAACGGUAUCUACAAGUUUUCUCUUCCAGCUCUACCUCGCAAACGUCUACUUCGUUUUCAAGCGUUGACCAAGACGUUAUGGAUGAAGCUCUACAGCAUCCAUUUGUCAAGCAAAGUCUCCACACCCUUCGACACGUACCAGCUUUCUAUUCGCAUGUCUUGGAGUUGGUGGCGUCAAGCCGUCGUGGAGAAGAAACCAGACGAUUCCUGCUUGCCUUGACCAGCGGCUAUGCAGGUCUACCCCCAAUCGAAAUGAAAGCACAUGAUGUCGUUGCAUAUGUGGGUGAUAUGCUAGCAUUCUCCUUCAAGGCGUUUUCCGUGGAAGCCGACAUCACUUGCAGUCUUCUUGUAUUUGAAGAGGAUAUUGAAGGCACCAGUAUUGCGCUCAAAGAAGAAAGCAAUCAAGACACAGACAUGUUCUCGGUAGAGCAACCAAUUACGGCGAAAGAUAUGCUAGCAAUUAGUAUGAGCGGAUUGGCACGUCCUCUGAAAUCUCGAAUCUUGCAAGUGAUUGCCACGCUCGCACGUCGCGCCGAUGAACAGGAAAAUGAAGCUGAAGACGGCCUGUACGGCGACGAGUUCGAAGAGGAGGGGGCUAUGGUUCGUACACGCUUGAGCCAUCUCUAUGAAAUUUGCGGCCUCUUGCUAUUUUAUAUUUCCGCUUUGGAAAAAGGAAUGCUUAAGAUUGGGCUGGAUACAUCGAAGGGCACCGUACAUGACGAAAAGAAUCCUAUCAUCGCUUGUAUCUUGGAUUGUUUCGUUGAAUCUGCUUCUGCUUACGGGGCAACACUUCGUGUAUAUGGUGCAAUGCUGAGUCAACUAUCUAGUAUUACUGGUGAAUCCGAAGCGUCGCUUACUCGCUCCAUGCUAUCGUCCAUUGCCGAGCUUCGUCAGCACUCUCCAGGGUUCUCUGUCGAGGUGUCUUGCCCGGCCGACACGCGAAAAAUUCUAUCAAUUGAUUGGGCUACAGAGACAUUGGUUGAAGCUGCUUUGAUCUCAUGUACAAUAUUGGAUGAUGCGAUGUCGCUUAAACUGGCCAUUUCCAUUGCCAAAUCAGCUGGGAUGGAAACCGUAGCAGCUGAAAGACUAGACGAACGCGUCGAUGCCAUUGAGCGCAGUUUGAUUGAGAAGCUGGUCGACAUCGAAACAAGCAGCGUUUUGAAACUAUGUGGACUAUCGUCGUUGUGGGAGGCCUCAAGUGAGUGGAGAGAAGUGGAAGGGACGGGGAGGCUCAUGGCUACAUAUCCCGGACUUUCACAAGAGGAGGCAGAAGCUGGAAUGCGUGAGUUUUACGCUUCCCUUUUUUCUCCCCCUCUCCCGUCUCUAGAAACAACCAUAAAAGAUCCAGUAUUGCGCAAGACAACUCGGUCCAAAAUUGCCAGUAGCGUUGCCGAAGUGUACACAACGCUAUACGAAUCAAUGAUUUCAAGCGGCAAAGGCGGCUACGACGAUAUUUCUUUUUUGAGCCACUCCGCCGAUCAGGUGAAGACAUUGUUUUCUUCUUAA